AUGGCCAUGUCGGAAGAAGCAAUGGAGACCAAGAGGUUGGAGUACGAUGUCCGAGGAAACUACCUCAUCUCUUCGGUCAGGUUGGAAAAAUUGGAGUGCUUCUACAAUCAGUACGUUGAGGUGAUCAUUCAGCCCCAGCUACUGCCGUCCUCGGAACCAGCAGUCGAGUACGAGACGCAGCUGUUCAGGCUUGAAGCUCAGUACUACGAGCUGAAGGCGCAGUUGGCUCGUUUGUUGGAACGGAAGCCGCUUAAUGUUCCGUCGACGUCUCGUAGAAAUACUCCCCUCACCAACCAUAUCAAGUACCCCGAAUUGAAGCUUCCAGAAUUUUCAGGAAAUCCUCUCGGAUGGCGUUCAUUUCACGAUUUGUACAACGCUGCUGUUCAUUCGUCUGGCGAAUUGAGUUCUUCGGAGAAAUUCCAGUACCUGAAGAGUAUACUACGAGGUGAAGCAGCGGGUCUAAUUGAGGAAAUUCCCAUCAGUGACGAAAAUUACGCUGAAGCCUGGAAGCGUUUAGUCAACCGGUACGACAACAAGCGGAUACUGGUAAAAUGCCAUCUCGCGGAGCUCUUCGACACUCCUCCGAUGAAGCAAGAAUCGGCAGAGGGACUGCUGAACCUUGUCGACCGCUUCGAUCGAAACAUUGCCAUCCUCAAAAAGCUUGGGGAACCAACGGACACCUGGA